GUGGGUGUAGUUCUAUAUCAAAAGAUUGACAGGAAGAUACGCUAAAUCUCCAUGAUAGCGAGAAGUCUUUCUAAAAGUGAACGUAGCUACUUAGCCACUAAGCGGGAACUACUAGCAGUUGUGUAUACUUUAAAGAAGUUCCAUUAGUACCUGUGGGGAAAUCACUUUACCCUUUACACAGAUCAUAAGGCACUUACCUAUCUACACACCCAGAAAAUCGCUAAUUCAAUGCUUAUAAAUUGGUUCGAUACGCUGCUUCAGUAUGAUUUUAAAGUCGUUCAUUUGCCAGGUAUUGAUAAUAUUCUUCCUGAUACGCUAUCCCGUCUAUAUGAAAUCGAGGAACCUGCCAAUGAACUGGGGGGGGAUAAAGCUCACCUUUUGAAUAAAGCAGUUAGUAAACUACCUAGUGAAGACAGUGGUGAAUAUAUGACACCUCCUAAAGAAGAACGAAAGUUAAUUUUUCUACGUGAGCAUCUUAAAGGACACUUUGGUUCUGAUGCAAUUUACUAUGCUCUAAAACGUAAAAGUAUCUACUGAAAUAACCUCAAAGAGGACGCUGUAGAACUUGUUAAGAGUUGUACUCCCUGUCAACAAUUUAACAUCAUCAAGAAGGGUUAUAAUCCAUUAAGGCCCAUUACUGCUAAGUUGCCUGGUGAUAGUUGGGGUAUUGAUCUUGCUGGACCUAUGAAGUCUUCACUCUCUGGUAA